AUGUCAGAUGUCAGACGUGUAAGUUCUUUCAGAAGUGUCUCGCCGCCAAAGCUGCAGGCCAUCAAGGUUACUUGCACAGUCUAUGUUGGCAACUUGUCAUUCUUCACUCGAGAGGAGCAGAUUUACGAGCUAUUCUCGAAAUGUGGUGAUGUGAAGCGGGUGGUCAUGGGCUUGAACAGGCACCAAAAAGCUCCAUGUGGGUUCUGCUUCGUGGAGUACUUCAAGCACGAGCAAGCGGAGCUGGCCGUGAACCUGCUGAACAAGACUUCUUUCGAUGAUCGCAUUAUACGCGUCGAUCUGGACGCCGGGUACAGCAAGGGCCGGGAAUAUGGCAGGGGCGAGACUGGCGGACAGUGGCGCGAUGACUUUCGAGAGGACGUCGACGCUGCGCGAGGUGGCAAAGGUGGAGGACUGCUGAAAAGGAUUGAGGGCAUGCCUGGUCGGCAGGUUUACCGCGGAAACAAGCGGAAGGACCAUGGGAGGUUCGGAGCAGCCGAGAAUGAAGCGGGCAAGAAGGCGAAAGGGGACAAAGCUGCUGGUGGAGAGCUCAGAUCCCGCGUGUCCGUUGUUGGAGUGGGGAGAAAUACGAGCAACACUUGUAUCCCUGGCUCUGUGGCUGCUCUCGAUGCGUGCUCCAACUGGACUGGUGCAGAUCUUAAGCGCAUCCUGCAGCCAUUUCUUCAGAAGGGUGUGGCGAUCGCGGGAAUCAUCAACGAAGGCACAGCGAUCGAAGACACCCAAACACUAGAGGAGGCAGGCGUCAAGUCUGGACAGCUCUACCUGAUGCUGCGGAGCUGUACAUAUUUGAUCGAAGACGCCGGAGCGGAAGUGGUGAACGGCUACUACGUCCAGAAAGAAGGUGAGCUGAAUAAAUCGCCAGUCUAUGCGAAUGAAGCUGGCAUUCUGCUCUUCAAGUACAAGAUGGCUCGGGGCUCCGAGUACUGGUACUUGAGCCGUGACGGGGACCUGAGCCGCUCCGACGGUGACUACUACCGGGUCCGCUCCAACAGCAAAAGGCCGCCGGAGGAGGGCUGGAGCUGGGAGGCUUGCCCUUUGGGUCGCCGGACCACGAUCCCGACGUUGACGUACUUUGGGAGCGACAAGGAGCUCGGGGGAUUCUGCUCUUCGUCCACCGCCUCUGGUGAAGCCCAGCAGCUGGGCCCAGCACGGACAACAGUUCUCCGAGCUUCCAAUGCAGUUCGGGCCCGCACGCUUUGGAGGCAAAGGCAGAGGAAAGGGGAAGCCGUGAGUGAGCGGCCCCUCCGGCAGUUCGGGGCCAUGCGGGGCCGUCUGCGACAUCGAUUCUUGGCUCUCGCCCUCGGGAUCGCCUUGCACAGCUGCCCUGUUGGCUUCCUCGGCUACAAAGGCGAGACGCCGUUCAAGCAGUGCAGUCAAAGCAGAUGUGUGGCACUCCGCGCUUCUUUCGACCAACAGAGGGCUGCCAAGCGAGAGCUCUUGGAUGCUGUAAAGGAUUUCAAACGCGAGCUGAGCAAGAGCGGUGGUGACUUGAGUGUAGACUUCGGGGUGAAGGGCGGCGAGCUCGACAAAAAGGAUCGAGCGCCAAAGAACUUAGCUGCCGCAGGGGUCUUCCGUGCCGUCUCGGAAGAUCUUGGAGAUGCUGCAGAUCGCGUUCUCGAACUGGCGGACUUGCUUGCCCGGUAUACGCCCAACAAAGAGCCACUGAAACACUUUGGGACGUCACUGGGAUCGGAUUGCCCGUUGCAUGGAGCUUGGAGCUUGCUGUUCACGACAGCCGCCGAUGCAACAUUCACGAAGAACAGCACUCGGGGUGCGGCCAAAGUGUGCAACGUCGUAGAUGCAAAGGCCGGCACUGUAACGAACUGCAUCGACUUUGAAGAAGCCUCAGCUCUUGAGAGCCUUCGGGUCCGACUGACUGCACGUCCAGCUAGCCCAACGCGCUUGGACCUGGCCUUCAGAUAUAUACGUGCCCGAGUGAAGAGCUUCUUCGGUAUCCCGCUGGGCGGCCGGCGACUAACGCUGACGCUGCCGGUAGCUGGUCCAUUUCUGACGCGAGUCUUAUCUUUCUUUACCAGGAAGCCGCCGCCACAACCGUACUUCGAUCUCCUGUACUUGGAUGACACCCUGCGUGUACAUAGAACAGGCCAGGGCAACCUUUUCAUACAAGAGAUCACGAAGCCGCCACCUUUCGUUUAA